GCUCCGAUGUCGGGCUCGGCAGACGGCUUUUCGAGGACUUGGCCCCGGUUUAUUCCUGCUCGCUGCCGUCGAUGCUUAUAAUACUUCUAUCUGCCCCCUUCUCCUUCUUCUCCUCGUACGUUCUUCCAUCGCCAGUUCGCAGAGUGCCUCCACACCCUCCACACCUCUCUCCACAGUCCUUCAACAGCACUCAUCAUCUCAUCUGAUCAAUGGCCGUCGAGUUCAACUCCACCCUGCCUACUGGCGGCGAUUCGACCAUCGAAGACCUCAACGUCUACUACGACUUUGGCGACAUGGCCUACGUGAUGAUAUGCGCCGCCAUGGUCCUCAUCAUGGUCCCCGGCCUGGGCUUCCUCUACUCUGGUCUCGCGCGUCGCAAGUCCGCGCUCUCCAUGAUCUGGGCCUGUCUCAUGGGCGGCGCUGUCGCUAUCGUCCAGUGGUACUUCUGGGGCUACUCCCUUGCCUUCUCUCCCACUGCCUCCAACAAGUAUAUCGGCAACCUGCGCUCUAUCGGUCUGCGCAACGUCCUCGCGGCUCCUCCGGCCGCAACCCCGCUCGUGCCAGAGCUGCUUUUCGCCAUGUACCAGGGCAUGUUCUGCGCUGUCACACUCGCCAUCAUCAUGGGCGCCGUCGCUGAGCGCGGUCGCAUCCUCCCUGCCAUGGUCUUUUGCUUCAUCUGGGCGACUAUCGUUUACUGCCCGAUUGCGUAUUGGGUCUGGAACUCCAACGGCUGGGCAUACAAGUGGGGCGUCUUUGACUACGCUGGCGGUGGCCCCGUCGAGAUUGGAUCUGGUGUGGCGGGUCUCGCGUACUCGUUCGUUCUCGGCCGUCGCUCGGAUCGACUUUUGCUUAACUUUAGACCGCACAAUGUCUCGCUCGUCACUCUCGGCACUAUCAUCCUCUGGUUCGGAUGGCUUGGUUUCAACGGUGGCUCUUCCUUUGGUGCAAACAUCAGAGCCAUUUACGCGACCUGGAACUCUAACCUGACCGCCGUCUUUGGAGCGAUCUCUUGGUGUCUGAUGGACUACCGUCUCGAGAAGAAAUGGUCGACCGUAGCGAUCUGCUCGGGCUUUAUCUCUGGUCUUGUCGCCGCCACUCCUGCCUCUGGCUUUGUCCCGCUCUGGGCCUCGGUGCCGCUCGGAAUCAUUGCCGGCGUCGUCUGCAAUCUGUCUACCAAGCUCAAGUUUUUCCUCAAGAUUGACGACGCGCUCGAUCUGUUUGCCGAGCACGGCGUCGCUGGAAUUAUCGGUCUCUUGUGGAACGCCUUCUUUGCGGCCGACUACGUUAUUGGCUUGGACGGCGUUAACAUUGGGGUUACUGGCGGAUUCAUCAACCAGCACUGGGCGCCGCUGUACAAGCAGUUUGCCUACGUAUGCGCGUGCUCCGCGUACACAUUUGUGAUGACCUGUGUAAUUUGCAUGGUGCUCAACAAGAUUCCUGGUUUGAAGCUGCGCGCGGACGAGGACGCCGAAAUGCGCGGUAUGGAUGAGGACCAGAUCGGCGAGUUUGCGUACGACUACGUUGAAGUACGCCGUGACUUCAUGGCGUGGUCCGCACCCACGCAGACGGAUGGGAUCCCUAUCGAGCCUUACAGGAACCAGCCCACGCUCGUUGUCCCGCGGUUGCACUCCGACUCGGCAUCGUCGCACACUGAGGGCGGUGCGAACGGCAGCAACCUGACUGAGAAGGUGGUGAAGGAAAUUUGAAGAGACUGAGAUUUGUAAAAGUCAAUCAUUUCGCCUAAAGCUUGUUUGAUGUUAUUUU